GAUGUACUUAAUUCAUGGAAGCAAGCGAUUCCAUAAAAAAACAAUGUAUUAUAUUGUUUUAACAAAAUAAUGUAAGUCAAAAGGAAGGUUGCGUUGGCCGGGAAUCGAACCCGGGUCAACUGCUUGGAAGGCAGCUAUGCUCACCACUAUACCACCAACGCAUGCCGAAGGGGCUCAUGGGUAGAAUUUGGUUGGAGAAUUUCAACUUUCGUGGUUGACCGGGGUUCGAUUCCCGGCCAAUGCAAAAAAAAUGUUUUUACAAAAGAUAUAAUACAUUUAAAUAUACUCUGCUAAACAUGUUCAUUUUGAUUUAGCUAGCUAGUUUAAGAUCUAUCAUGAUCUGAGGAUAUUUUACCUGUGAUUGCUUGAGAGUUUAGGUUGGUUGAGGGGCAGUUCUAUGGGCGUAUGUGAAGCCCUCUGUGACAUGCUUGCGUGUAAAAAGGGCUAUACAAAUACAUUUGAUUCGAUUUGAUUGCAGAGACGUGGUACUGUAGUUCUCUCAAAGAAAUCUGAUCUUAGACAAUUCUCGCAAUCGAAUAAGAACAAGGCGCAACAGUGCACCCCAAAUCCCCAUAGUGGUCACAAAUGGUAGUAUUCAAUAUGGUUAAGACUAGCCAUAGAGAAUGAAUGGGAAAAGUUAAGGAAGUUAACAGUCUGCUAUGAAUAGUCUUAACUUUCUAUGGUUCUGGGAGCCGCUAUCGAAAUGCGGGAGAUUCCCGAAACUUCCGGGAGACUUGGGAUGUCUGCUUUUUUUAAGCCUGAUGAGUCUUUCUUAUGGAAGGAGGCUUCACGUGGCUUUGGGCCCAUAUGGGCAGUUAUGCUCAGCUCAUGGUUUUUACAGUCAAUGCUCACAACUAUUACCUCCAACGCCAACUGUUUGAUACCAAACACAACAGCGUUUCACGCGUUCGCAAAGAGAUAGACAGGCAAGAAUUUGGCCAAUGGUUGAUGCUUUUAUAAUAGACCAAUUGGUGUGCAAAAAGGUGGGACUUACAACAAGGGGUUAAAUCGAUGCAAAUAUGCGGGCACAUACAAUUAAAUGUUAUACCAGUUGCACAUCGUAUAACGCAACUAACGUCAAAUUUGAGUUAAUUUUAAAUACUGGCCAGACACUUUCUUAAGGUCCUUAUAAAAAGGACAUGUCCGGGAAAAAGGGGACGUAUGUCACCCUAUCUAUCUCUAGUCAAAUCAACACACGGUAGGAGCUCAACACAGCCACUUAGCCACCGGAUACUUCAUUCAACACAAUUGAAAACCACCGUCCAAAUCAUAGACUGUGGUCCUAACACGCGAGAGUGAGAUUUCUACGCUGCAGGCACAAGAAAAUGGAUUUAUUUGACGAUCUUCCAGAACCAUCGCAAAGCACAGGUCAAACAAGGAUUCAAUCACCGAAGGCAGAUGACAGGGGUUCUAAGAGGAAACUCGAGCCUUGCCAUAACGAGAAAGAGGUGGAAGAAAAGAAGUGGGAGGAAAAGAAAGUUUGUAAAGGACUACCAUCUCUGAAGGGGUAUUUUGCAGCAAGGAGAGGUGAAAGAGAUGAGAUGCAAGAUGCUCAUGUCCUCCUACCUGACAUUAACUCUUGCUUAUCUUCCCUGCCAGCACAAGUGUCUCGUGUUGCCUACUUUGCUGUGUUUGACGGCCAUGGCGGAGCUCGUGCCUCUCGCUUUGCUGCUGAGCAUCUCCAUCACACCCUUGCACUUAAAUUUCCUAAAGGAGUAACUGAAAACCUUGACAAACUGGUUAAGAAAUGUCUACUUGAUACCUUCCGGCAGACAGAUGAAGACUUUUUGAAAAAAGCUUCCAGCCAGAAGCCAGCCUGGAAAGACGGGACAACAGCCACCUGUGUGCUGGUGGUCAAUGAAAUGGUGUAUGUUGCGAACCUUGGGGACAGCAGGGCUGUGCUGUGCAGAAUGGAGCAGGAGGAGAAGAUCAAUGAAAAGAAGUGUGUGACUUUACCUCUUAGCAAGGAACACAACCCCACCAUCUAUGAGGAGCGCAUGAGGAUCCAACGUGCUGGGGGCACUGUCAGAGAUGGUCGGGUGCUUGGUGUGUUGGAAGUAUCCCGCUCCAUUGGCGAUGGCCAGUACAAGCGCUGUGGAGUAAUAUCCACACCAGACCUAAGGCGCUGUCAGCUCAACCCCAAUGACAGGUUUAUCCUUCUGGCAUGUGAUGGACUAUUCAAAGUAUUCUCUGCAGAGGAAGCUGUUCAAUAUGUCGUCAGUGUCUUGGAGGAUGGGACUGUGGAGAGAAAGGAGGGUCAGACAGAGGAGGAAAGCCACUAUGAAGCAGCUUGCCAGCGACUAGCUAAUGAAGCUGUGAGGAGGGGCUGUGCAGACAAUGUUACCGUUAUUUUGGUGUCUAUUGGUUUUUGAAAACAUCACCCUGACUCUUGUUCCUCAUGGUACAUCACAGGUUCUGCUCUGCUGAAUCUGCUCCAUGACUAUAUGAACAGAGAAAGUAUUCAUGUUAAAACUCUUAAAACAUGGAGGUGUUCUAAUCUCUAAAUGUGAACUGUUUAUUGACCAUCCUGCUCCCUAAUGAUUUGCCAUAUCAACCACUCUGAUUUGUGUCCAUGUUGUAAGUUUGCCUUUCUUAUUAAAACAUUGUCACCGAACUGC